CCGCCGGUCCCUCCUCCCCGAUCCCCCGCCGCUCCCCCUUCGCUCCUUCCCGUUCCCUCCCGUUCCCUCCCCGCCUCCCUGCGCAGCGCGAACAUGGCGGCGGCGGCGGCGGCGAGGGACUGAGCAGCGCCAGCGCUCGGCGGCCGCGCAGGUUUUGCUAUGCCGCAGUGUUUGUACUGACUCUGCUGUCUUGUAGGAGUGAUGGGGAACUAGAGCCCAUGACAGUUCAGUGGAGCCCUUGGCACUUUUGAUAUCUUGACAUCCUCAGUUCUGUAGGAGCAGCCCAGUCCCAGGAUAAGGACAGCAGCAGGUGGUAGAAUGCGGAAACCAGGCCCUCAGAAAGCCAUAGACUGGAAAGAUGGUAAAAAGCACAAGUACAGCCGCCCGUCCGAGUCUCCCUCCCAGUACCAAGGUCACUUCACCUGGGAAAAGUACCUGAAAGAGACAUGUGCCAUCCCAGCUCCUGCCCAUUGUUUCAAGCAGUCCUACACUCCACCUGCAAACGAGUUCAAGAUCAGCAUGAAGCUGGAGGCCCAGGACCCCCGGAACACCACGUCCACGUGCAUCGCCACCGUGGUGGGGCUGACGGGCGCCCGCCUGCGCCUGCGCCUCGACGGCAGCGACAACAAGAACGACUUCUGGAGGCUGGUGGACUCUGCUGAGAUCCAGCCCAUUGGCAACUGUGAGAAGAAUGGAGGGAUGCUGCAGCCUCCUCUGGGCUUCCGGCUCAAUGCCUCCUCCUGGCCCAUGUUCCUUCUGAAGACUCUGAAUGGAGCAGAGAUGGCUCCUGUCCGGAUUUUUCACAAGGAACCACCAUCUCCUUCCCAAAACUUCUUCAAGACAGGUAUGAAGCUGGAGGCAGUGGACAGGAAGAACCCUCACUUCAUCUGCCCGGCCACCAUUGGGGAGGUGAGAGGUUCUGAGGUCCUGAUAACAUUUGAUGGCUGGAGAGGUGCCUUCGAUUACUGGUGCCGAUAUGAUUCCCGGGACAUCUUUCCCGUAGGCUGGUGUUCGCUGACUGGAGAUAAUCUGCAGCCCCCUGGUACAAAAGUUGUGAUUCCAAAGAGCCCUUUACCUGCCUCCGAAGUAAACUCGGAGAAACCUAGCAUGCACAGUAGCACAAAGACUGGUUUGGGGCAGCAACAAGGGCAAAGGCGUCGCAAAACAGGGAAGAAGCGUGGUCGAACGACCAAAACACUAAUCCACCACCCCAUGCCUACACCCUCCAAGUCAGUGGAGCCUUUGAAAUUCCCCAGAAAGAGAGGCCCCAAGCCUGGCAGUAAGAGGAAACCUAGGACAUUGCUGAACCCAGCACCCACCUCUCCAACAACCAGUACCCCAGAGCCAGACACAAGCACUGUGCCCCAGGACGCUGCUACAAUCCCCAGCUCUGCCAUGCAGGCUCCCACAGUUUGCAUUUACUUGAACAAGAACGGCAGCACUGGGCCCCACCUAGACAAGAAGAAAGUUCAGCAGCUGCCAGACCAUUUUGGACCAGCUCGAGCUUCUGUUGUCCUGCAGCAAGCAGUACAGGCCUGCAUUGAUUGUGCUUAUCAUCAGAAAACAGUCUUCUCCUUCUUAAAACAAGGCCACGGGGGAGAGGUCAUCUCAGCUGUGUUUGAUCGGGAACAGCACACUCUGAACCUGCCAGCAGUAAACAGUAUCACCUACGUCCUCCGCUUCCUGGAGAAGCUGUGCCACAAUCUGCGCAGUGACAACCUCUUUGGGAACCAGCCUUUCACUCAGAACAGCCACAUGCAGCGCUCACACGAGUACGACCACGACAGGUAUCUACCAGACAGAAGCAGUUCCUUAGACGGCUCUCUGCAGGGACCAGGCCGGGGUACAAAGCGCUUUUCCCAAGAUCCCCCUCCAUACAGUGCUCCUCUCUCCCCCAAGUUACCAAAGAAUGACCGUCACCCUUUGGAAGGUGAAACCUUUGUCCUGGGAGAUGGCCUCCCAGGGCCCUUAGAGCCUCGCCUGGACCCCAUGGACUCUGCCUUGAACUCUGUCAAUUCAUCCAGCCACAGCAGGAGCUCCAGAGACUUUCGCCUGCCAGGAUACAGGCACCUGCAGCAGCCCUCUAGCCUCAGCCAGGGCAGCAGCUCUGCCCUGCGCAGGCUUAGCUCUGGGGGCUCUGACAGGUACCUGGGCACCCGGGACAGCUCCCGGCUCAGCAGCCGCGACCCCUCGGCCUGGACGGUGGAGGAGGUGAUGCAGUUCAUCCGCGAGUCAGACCCGCAGCUGGGCCCCCACGCUGACCUCUUCCGGAAACACGAGAUCGACGGGAAAGCCCUGCUCCUGCUGCGCAGCGACAUGAUGAUGAAGUACAUGGGGCUGAAGCUGGGGCCCGCCCUGAAGCUCACUUACCACAUCGACAAGCUAAAGCAAGGCAAGUUCUGAGAGGACUCCUGGCAGGACGGAUCCUGGAAGCUCUGCCCCGGCCGCCCCACCCGCGCUCACCUGCCGCAGGUUCGCAUGCACACACCCCUUCCGCCGCAGCAGACAGACAGACCGACGGACACUCCCGACGCCGGCCGGGCCCUCGGGGCCCCGCCCGCCCCCGACAGCGCUCAGGAGGAGCCCGGCACAGCUGGGCUCUGCACCAGACUCGAGCUGUGGGCGUUGGAGCAGAGGAUCUCUUCCCUGCUGCCCAGCCAGCACUUCUCCAUGAGCACAGUCCUGCUUCCCUGGGAUGGAGCAGCUCCAGCAGUGCCCCUGGGCACCUCGUGUUUGCCUCAGCUCCUCCCUGGGCCUGCUGGGGCAGCCCCUGGGCACUGAGCCUGCCCAGCCUCAAGGGGCUCGGUGCCCCCAGCCUGCCCUCAGCGAGCACAGAGCCUUGACCAGCCAGCCCUGCCUCCAAACUGCAGCACACUCACCCAGCCCUGCCUGCCCCCAGCCCCUGACCUGGCUCCAGCUGGGCACACUGGGCUGGGGGUGCAGGCCUUCAUAUUUAUUCCAGACUGGGGAGGCCGUGUGGGAGCAUGGAGAGAGCUGGGAGAGCUGAGGAGCAGGGCUGGGCCUGGCGUGCCCCUGGCACAGAUGGGCCUGGGCUGGUGUUGGAGGCUGCCUGGAUGCUGCAGGACUCAGCUGAUCCUUCUCGCCUUUUUUUUAUGUUUUUUUUUAAUUUGGAAUUUUUUUUUUUUUUUUACUAAGGCGUUGUCUGUUUCAAACGAUGAGAUGAUUUUUCUACCUGUGUUGAACUCGCAGCUCUUGGUGGUUUUUAGCCAGAGCUGCUAAGGUUUGUCUUCCCAGGGGCACUGCUGCUCCUCUAGAGUUUUGGUCUGUCCCAGCUCAGCGUGUGUGAGGGUUUUGGGUCUGGCCAGAGCAUCCCAGGGUGGUGACCUGUCCUGGCAUCGCUCAGAAGAGGGCUUUGUGAGGGCAUUGCCCUUCCAGAGGCACCUGUAGGUCUCAGGCAGUUUAAUGUAUUUAUUUUUGAUGGCACUUGAGUGCUUCCCAUGGUCCCAGACAGGUUUCUGCAGCUGCACGAGGAGUAUCAGAGUGGAGCCACCAGCUGUGCCACCGCAGUGUGCCCUGGGCAGCAGCUGCCAGCUCGGGGCUGCCCAGAGCCUGGAGCAUCACCGGCACCAGGCUGGCCUGAGCUGGGGCAGGGCUGACAGAGCACAGCCGGCAGGACAGGGCUGUGGGGCCAACACAGGCUGUGCCCUGUGUGUGCCCACACACACCUCAGCACGCUUCCUCUGCAGUGACCAAAGGGCUGGGGCAGAAUCUCCACUCCGAGCACUUCCCUGUCCCGUCCCCAGCUCAGCCUCUGCACCCGGAGCCGCAGCUCCCACCCUCCCUGCAGCCUCGAGGGCCUGGCCAGCAGCAGCGUGGGCCCCUGUGGUGACCGACCCUCCAGGCUCUUGCACUGAGUCAGGUUUACCCCUAAGGGGCAAAGUUGCAAAAAAAAGAAAAUAAAAAAAUACCCCAACCCCCAAAGGAAUAGAAAGGCAAAAAGGCUUUUGUCCUGCAGCCCCCGCCCGGGGCCGGGGCUGCUGACGGGGCCCUCGCUGUGACCCGGCCCCGGCCCCGCCGCAGCCAGGCCCGGCGGGGCAGCCCGUGCUUUCCUCUGCACUUAUUUUACGUUGAUUUGUUUCUAAAUAAAAGAUACCAAGUUGCUCCC